AUGUUCAUUUUAUUUUAUUUAAAUUUAUCUUUCAUGCAAUCGAUAGUGCUUGCACAGUAAAUUACAGCAUAAAGAAUGUAAUAUGUUUUACAAAAAUAUAAGUGUUAGAUCAAUGCGAAAGAUUGUCGCAUUUUAGUAAAAGUCUUAAAGGAUUAAAGUAAAGUUUCAACUUUCUAUUUGGAUUCGGAGUUUUUUUAAAUCUGGCAUGAUGUGACUAUCUGGAUUAAUAAAAAUUUAAAAAAAUUAGUUCUUAAACUCUAUAUUCUUGUCUUCUCCAUAUAAGGAGUAGAGUAAAUCCUUUGCCUCAAUAAUUUGCACAAUACCACCUUUAUAUUUAUGUUAAAAAUAAUAUUUAUAUCUAUAAGAUAUAAUUGUAACAAACGCGUCGUACUUAAUAAAUAUCAAGUCAAAAAGUUACAAAAAAAUACAUAAAUAAAUUUCUCUGUACUAGUAAGUGAAAAUAAUAAUUUAAUUGGAACCUUUGGGUUGUGUGCGUGAAAGACUAGAUGCUCAAUAGUAGACUAUGACAACAGUAAAUAUUUUGAUGAACUUGGGCGGGGUAUGGAAACUGGAACAUACCCCAAACUAUCACUGUGUAGUUGACUAGCUGUUGAGCACGAUGGUAUAAGUGAAUAUUUCUCCGUGAAUAGAUAUCCGUAAAAGUAUUCGUUAAAAUUUAUCACAUUAUCGUGUUAAGUAACUCGGUAAUCUCUCUCUAUAUAUGUGUAUAAAUGCCCAUUAUACGCCAGUGAGAUGGAGAAUUUUUUGAGUUAUCAUCCAGAUUAUUAUUAUUAUUGCGACGACAUUUAUUACGGAGACCCUCGUUGCGAUGAAACUUGUUACGAAAACACUUAUCGCGAUGAAACCUGUGAUGAAAGAACUUGGUACAGAGAAAAUUGUUGCGAAGAAAGAUCAAUUGAUAUUAACUUUUGGAAUAAUUUCAGAGAUGAAGACACGAUGUUGCAAAGUCUAAAUCAACGCCCUGGGCAACCCAUGAACAUGCCCGGCAUGCAGAACAAAAUGCCUGGUAUGAACAUGAUGCCAGCGCAGGCCGGUGGUCCGAUGGGUCACAUGGGCCCAAUUCAGACUAUGCAGAAUAAUCCUAUGCUGACGCAAAUGAAUCAGAUGGGACAGGGGAAUAUCCCUCAACAGAUGAAUCAAAUGGUGCCGGGGCAAAUGGGACAGUUGGCUGCUGGACAGAUGCAACCGAACAUGCAGUCGCAAAUGCAGAAUCAGCUGCCGAAUCAGAUAAACAAUCAAAUCGGAGGUCCAAUGGGUGGCAUACAGGCCAGUAUGCCGCAGCAAAUGAAUCAAAUUGGUCCUGGGCAGUUAGGUCCCGGCCAGAUGCAACAGCAGUUGAAUCACAUUCAGAGAAAGCCGGCUGAAAUGAUGAACGCUGGCUUUCCCGGUCCACGCAACGUCACGCCGAAUCAGUUCCUGAGGCAGAGCCCGUCUCCGUCAGCGCCGAGUCCAGCUGGCUUAGGAGCACCAUCGAGCAAUCAGAUGGUAGCGUCGCCCGCUCUAGUGCCGUCACCGAGUCCUCAGCAUGCCAUUAUGACAGGACCGUCUCGUUCGGUUAAUUCCGUAGGCAUGGCACCCUCUCCAAGCAGCUCGUUAAACACUCCCGGAGGUGUAGGUGCCACACCGAGCCCUCAGCAAGAAGAUCAAGCCUACAGGGAUAAAGUCAGGCAACUAAGCAAAUAUAUCGAGCCAUUACGGAGAAUGAUCGCCAAAAUGAGCAGUGAAGGAAACGUCGAUAAGCUCAGCAAAAUGAAGAAGCUCCUGGAGAUCCUGUCGACCCCCAGCAAACGCAUGCCCUUAGACACGCUGCUGAAGUGCGAAGUUGUUCUGGAAAAAUUGGACUUCAAGAGGGGAGACGGUAGCGUGGGGCCACCGGUGACGACGUUGAAGGAGCACCAGAUUUUCAGCCCGCUAUUAGAGGCGGUAAGCGCGCAUCUCCAAAGCCCGGUGAUCAAUCACACGUUACAGCGUACUUUCGGGCCGUGCCUAGACGCUUUGUUUGGACCGGAGAUCAAAAGUCUGCCAGCGCCAUUGAAGAAGCACAAGAUUGAAGAACCGUCUAGCGAAAUACCGGACGUGUUGCAAGGGGAAAUAGCUCGACUGGAUCAGCGAUUCAAGGUCAGCCUAGAUCCGGCGCAGCAAAGUGGAUCCAAGUGCAUACAACUAAUAUGCUGGCUCGAUGAUCGUCAUCUUCCAUGCGUGCCGCCGAUCUCGGUCACGGUGCCCGCUGACUAUCCGUCGACGCCACCUCGCUGCGUCAUGGCGCCGCACGAGUACGAAGCGACGACGUUCCUCUGUGCCGUGCAGAAAGCUUUAAACGCCCGUAUCGCGAAGUUGCCGCGUCGCUUCUCGCUCUCGCAACUGUUGGACACGUGGGAGAUGAGCGUGCGACAGGCGAGCGCGCCGAGGGAAAUGCUCGUCACUGCCAGUACAGUACUGAUGGGUUUAUAG